CUCGAUUACUUUGAAGCACGGGAACAAGAAGUUCAGGCACACGUAGGCUCUGUCUAUUAUGAAGGACUGGCUGAACCUAUUCUUCUUUCUCAAGAUCUUAGUGGAGGCUGUGGUGGCAAGAUUUGGGAAUCAGCCAAUGUGAUGAUUGAAUAUCUGAUCUGGAAAAACCAACACAUGGAAGGAAAACUUUUUCAAGAUCAAACAUUAGUUGAGAUUGGUGCAGGUACUGGUCUUGUUGGAUUGGCAGUGGCCAAGGUCUGUCCUCAACUUCGACAUUUAGUUAUAACCGAUCAAAUUCCCAUGAUGCAACUGAUGCAAGAAAACAUUAAUAUUAAUCAACAAGCUCAUCUUGUAUCUGGCGAGAUCUUGAAUUGG